GAAGAGGCGGGAGCGAGUGCGGAGGUUCACUCGCUCGUUCGCUCGCCCGCUGGAUGCAGCUCACACGCGCAGGACGCGUGGAACGCGCACGCACAGACGCGCGCACGCAGGGAGUGACCAAUCAGCCGCCACCAUGAUGAUGAUGCCAAAGAGGCCUCAGACGUCCCCGGGCAGCGUGCUGUCUCUGCGAGGUGGCGGCAACAUGCCGGGAUCCCCCGCCGCCGCCAUCGUGGCCCGCGUGGACGACAACGUGAUGGUCUACAAGGACCUAGCGGCACUCCCGCAGGACAAAGCCAUCCUGGACAUUGAGAGGCCAGACCUGAUGACAUACGAGCUGCACUACCACUAUAGUCCACUAGAGGUGUUGAGUUCUCUGUCUCCCGGCUCAUUCUCCCCUCCGACCUCUCCCGAGGAGUGCAGAGCGUGGCCGGAGAAAGGUUCUCCUGGCGACUCGUCGCCGGCUUCCAAGCGCAACAGCGGCAACACCACACCAUCGCCACACACGCAACGCACGCUUCAAACGCAACAUGCACAAAACACACAACCUUCCAACAUCCUACAACACUUCCACAGGCCUGAUAAUGGAAGUAACAUCUACAAGAAGCCUCCCAUCUACAGAAGAGGUGCGUCGUCUUCAGGACUUGCCGCGGGGAAGCACUUGGAGGAUCUCAUUAUCGAGUCGUCAAAGUUUCCCGCCGCCGAGCCUCCGGACCCGAACGUUCCCUCCAAGAUUGAAACGGAACACUGGCCUUGCCCGCCCUCGUCCGCCGUUUUUGAGAAGGAGAAGGCGUGCCGCAGGAGUGAGGGCAGGCAAGAAGAAGAAGAGGAGGACGAAGAAGACGAUAAAGUUUGGGGCUUGCGAGCGCUUCACAUGCAGGAACUGAACAAGAUUCAGUCCAACCUAGGAAGGAUCAUCCUGAAGGAGGAGCUGGAAAAGUCGGCCGCUCCGCUGAAGAGAAAAACACGGUCGCUUCCGGACCGCAGCCAGCACGCAGGUGGCGCCACCUCCCGCAUCGUUUGUUUCCCAGCAACCUCUGGGGCAGGCCUAGCCAGAUUGCAGUCGACAAAAUCCAGCCCGUCGGAGAAGCCCGUAGCAGGUACAGGUGUUCAGGUAGAGUGUGCCUUCAUCGUUGUGCCGCGGGUCGGCCAUGUUGUGGUGAUGUUUGUGUGUUUGUGUGUCAGAACGGCGAAGCCGCGUUGGACCGAGGCCGCUCGCUGCCCAGUGUGCUGGAGUUCAAGAUUUACCCAUAUGAGAUGCUGGUGGUCAACCACAAAGGACGAAGGACACUUCCUUCUGGCGUCGACAGAACGCGAUUGGAGAGACAUCUGUCGCGGGAAGAGUUCGCCAACGUGUUCGCAAUGACGCCGGAGGAGUUUGAACAGCUUUCCCUCUGGAAGCAGAACCACCUUAAGAAGAGAGCGUGUCUCUUCUGACUGCCACGCCCACACAGCUGGAGACACGCCCACUCCACAAAGCUAACGUUAGCAUUUGACGUAAUUGCUAAAAUUACUGCUAAAAAGUUGAGCAGGCACAAAAACAAAACAUUGCUGCUUUCCACUCUGAAGGAAGGAGCUGUCUGUAUGUGAUGCUAAAUCAUUGAGCAGUUACUGAAAAACUUUGUGGCUUUCAACUUCACCAAAGUCACAAGGGAAGCUACUGUUAGGAUUAGCUUGACAACGCUAGCGGUUAGCAUCCAGGUUAUCGUAGCUUAGCAUACUGACCAGGACAAAAGCUGAAAUCGGCUGAGAGAAAGUCAAUAUAAAACGAUGACAUGAUUCAUACAUCAGCGCAGACUGAUAACAUCACGUUCGCACCAUGUCGGCCAUUUCGCAUCUUCUGUCAAGCGAGUCAUCACCAUUCAAAAUGGAGAUGACGUUUUAGAUAUGAGAUGAGCGCUUUGUUUUGAUAGUUUUGGAGUAAUUCUGAGUCACUAACUUCAUGUUUGUUGUUUUUAUUUCAAUUCUUUGGAUGUUUUCGAUGAUUUCUAAUAAUGAAUUUUGUGUUACACGCCUGCUGCAUGUGUGAUCUUAAUGUGACAGGAUCAAAAACUAAUCAGCAUUGAAUGAAACAUCACUGUGUGCUCGGCUCAUUUACACGCAUUAAUAAUUUAAUAUAAGGCAAUUUCAGAAAAAUAGUGCUGUUGUUUCUCACGUGGAUGAUGAAUGUGAUGUGAACGAUAAACACCAUAGACACAAAAACUUCAUAUUUGUCAAAAUGUGAUUCUAAGGUGAGUUUUAAAUUUUAAAAAAAACUUUGAUAAAAAG